AUGUCAUACUCUCUUUCUCUCUCUCUCUCUCUCACUCACUCACUUUCACUCUCACUCCUAGCUAUCUCAAUUUAUUUAAUAUCUAUCUAUCUAUCUAUCUAUCUAUCUAUCUAUCUAUCUAACGCCGUCUUCUGUUUCUAUCUAUCUAUCUAUCUAUCUAUCUAUCUAUCUAACGCCUCUGUUUAUAUCUAUCUAUCUAACUAUCUAUGUUCAUAUCUAUCUCAAUAUCUGCAUAUCUAUCUAUUUCAAAGUUUAAGGGCACUGUCCCUCUUUCUUCUCACUUCUUUUCCCUCACUCUCUCUUUCUCUCUCUCUCUCUGUCCCUUUCUUCCUCACUCUCUCUCUUUUUCUCACUCUCUUUCUUUCUUUUGUUAACAGAAGAACGGAAAAAGAAAGGAAAAAGAGAUUUAUGACGUCAGUAGACAAAUAUGAAGUGGUUUCAUUGGUUCCAAAAAUGUAUCUUUCUUUCUUCCUUUUCUCUAUCCUCUUCUUCCUUUCUUGCUCGUAUUUCUCUACCCUCUCUUUUUUGAUUUCCUCCUUCUCCCUUCCUCUCUUCAAUCUUACCCAUUCCCUCUCUCACUUUAUCUUCUUUCCUCUCUCUCACACAAACUCUCAGUUAUUUUUCUUUCUUCAUUCGUUCAUUCUUUCUUCCUUCUCUUUCUUUCUUUCUUUCUUUCUUUCUUUUCUUCUAACCUUCUACCUUCCUUGCUGUUCUCUACGCGCUCUUUUCACUUCCUUUUCUCCCCCCCUCUUCAGUCACAAUACUAACAACCCCCUCUCUUUCUUUCUUCUCUUAAACUCUCAAUUACUUUUUUCUUUCUUCGUUUCUUUCUUUAUUUCUCUCUCUCUCUCUCUCCCUUCAUUCUUUGUCUCUUUUCUCUUUAUCCUCUUCCUUUCUGGCUAUUACUUCUCUACUCUCUCUUUUUCAUUUCUUCCCUCUCCUUCUCUAUCUUCAAUCUUACUCUCUCCCUUUCUUACUAUGUCUUCUUUCCUCUAUCACACAAACUCUCAAUUAUUCUUUCUUUCUUUCUUUCUUUUGUUCUUUUUUCUUUCUUUCGUUCUUUCUUUCUUUUGUUCUUUCUUUCUUUUGUUCUUUUUUCUUUCUUUCGUUCUUUCUUUCUUUCUUUCUUUUGUUCUUUUCUUUCUUUCUUUCUUUCUUUCUUUCUUUCUUUCGUUCUUUCUUUCUUUCUUUCUUUCUUUCUUUCUUUUCUCCUUAUCUUCAACCUGUCUUGUUGUUAUAUUUAGACUCUGUUUGUCAUUUCUUUUUUCUCCCUCUCCUCACUACAAUCAAAAUCCUACCCACUCUCUCUUUUACUUUAUCUUCUUUCUUCUCUCACACAAACUCACAAUUCUUUUUCUUCUUUUCUUUCUUUCUUUUUUUCUUUCUUUCUUUCUUUCUUUUCUCUUUAUCUUCAACCUUUCUUCUUAUAUCUACUCUCUCUUUUUCAUUUUCUUUUUCUCAUCCUCACUUCAAUCAAAAUCUUACCCACUCUCUCUCUCUCUCUCGCUUUAUUUUCUUUCUUCUCUCACAAACUCACAAUUCUUUUUCUUUCUUUCUUUCUUUCUUUCAUUCUUUCAUUCAUUCAUUCUUUCAUUCUUUCAUUCGUUUAUUCAUUUAUUCUUCCUUUUGUUCAUCCAUUCGUUCUUUAUUUCAUUCUUUUCUCCUUAUCUUCUUCAUUUCUUGGUCUUAUUUCACUACGCUCUCUUUUUCCUCACCACCUCUUUAAUCAAAAUCUUAAUUCCUUCUUUUCUUUCUUUAUCUUCUUUCCUAUCUCGCACAAACUCUCUAUUAUUUUCUUCGUUUCUUUCUUUCUUUCUUUAUUUAUUUAUUUCUCUCUCUCUCUCUUUCUCACAGAUACACACACUCAGUUAUGAACGCAGUGACGCCCCGGGCGAUGUAACACUGCCUUCCUUUCUUCCUUCCUGGCUUCGUUUGCUCAUAUAUCUAUUUCUUUCUUUCUUUCUUUCUUUCUAUUUAGCUAUCUCUCUUCUCAUAUCUAUCUAUUUGUUCAUAUUUUUUUCUUUCUUUCAUAUCUAUCUAUCUAUCUAUCUAUCUAUCUAUCUAUCUAUCUAUCUAUCUAUCUCAGUCUCAUUUUUCUCCCUCUCUUUUUAUCUAUCUAUCUAUCUAUCUAUCUAUCUAUCUAUCUAUCUAUCUAUCUAUCUAUCUGCCCAUUAA